AUGGCGGGGACCAAGAUGUUUGGGAUGGUGCGUCUGGUGAACGGGCGUGACCGGUGUGAGGGGCGUGUGGAAGUGUGGCACAACGGAACGUGGGGUACGGUGUGUGAUGACGACUGGGACAUGGUAGAUGCCAAUGUGGUGUGUCGGCAGCUGGCCUGUGGCCUGGCUGUGGCGGUGGGCAGCAUCAAAGAGUACGGCCGGGGCUUGGGGCCCAUCUUGCUGGACAACGUAGACUGUAAAGGAGGGGAGACAGACCUGGGACAGUGUGGCAGUCUGGGCUGGGGAAUCCAUAACUGUUACCACUACGAGGAUGUAUCGGUCACAUGCAAAGGAGAUGGUAGGAUCCGGUUAGUUGGUGGACUGGACUACUGCCAGGGACGAGUGGAGAUCUUCAACCAGGGCAGCUGGGGGACGGUGUGUGAUGACGACUGGGGUAGGAGAGACGCAGGGGUGGUGUGUCAGCAGAUUGGCUGUGGCCACGCCGUUUCUUCCACCACCAACGCCUACUUUGGUUACGGCACAGGACUGAUUCUACUGGACAACGUCAACUGUAUUGGCUACGAGAAGCAGCUGAGUAAAUGCUACAGCCUGGGAUGGGGGAUACACAACUGUGGACAUCAUGAGGACGCUGGGGUUAUCUGUUCAGGUUCAGGCUCCACCACAGUUCCUCCCAAGAACACUGCCACAAUGCCCAUGGCAAGGGGAUUCUUCCAGACUGCCAGCAUUGCAGAGCGUCCCAUCAUCCGCGUGGUGAACGGUAAUAGCAGCUGCCAGGGUCGCGUGGAGGUGUUCCACAGAGACCUCUGGGGCACGGUGUGUGACGACGACUGGGGGCUGCCUGACGCCCAGGUGGUGUGUAGGCAGCUGGGAUGUGGUCCCGUCAUCGCCGCCAAGAUCCUGGCCUUCUUCGGCUACGGCUCGGGUCCCAUCUUGCUGGACAACGUGGACUGUACGGGCAGUGAAAUAAAACUGGAGUAUUGUUUCAACCUGGGCUGGGGACAGCACAACUGUGGACACCAUGAAGACGCUGGUGUUAUCUGUGCACCCUUUCAGCCUGUUCAAGCUGGAAGAAGCUUCACCAUGACAGAAACAACACGCACCACUAGACCACCAAGUGACGGCAUGGUGAGGUUGGUGCGGCGGCAGAACCACUGUGAGGAGGAAGAUGUCCUUUCUGUGACUAAGGUCUUCAUCAUGUCAGAGGAAGACGUCCUUCCUGUGACUAAGGUCUUCAUCAUGUCAGAGGAAGAUGUCCUUCCUGUGAUUAAGGUCUUCAUCAUGUCAGAGGAAGAUGUCCUUCCUGUGACUAAGGUCUUCAUCAAGUCAGAGGAAGAUGUCCUUCCUGUGACUAAGGUCUUCAUCAAGUCAGAGUUAACAGAGCAGACCAGGGGGAACAUACACAACAGAAACCUCAUACUAUCUCCCUCUUCCUCUCCAGCCUUUCAGCCUGUUCAAGCUGGAAGAAGCUUCACCAUGACAGAAACAACACGCACCACUAGACCACCAAGUGACGGCAUGGUGAGGUUGGUGGGCGGGCAGCACCACUGUGAGGGUCGGGUGGAGAUCUUCUCGGGGGCGAAAUGGGGUACGGUGUGUGACGACGCCUGGGACAUGCCAGAUGCCCAGGUGGUGUGUCGCCAGCUGGGCUGCGGGCAGGCUACUGCGGCGAGCGGGGAGGCUUACUUCGGGCGCGGCAGCGGCACCAUCCUCCUGGACAAUCUGAAGUGCAGUGGCUCCGAGGCCUCGCUCCAGCAGUGCUCACACAUAUCCUGGGAUGUACACAACUGUGACCAUUCUGAAGACGCCGGCGUCACGUGCUCACUGUCGUGAUUCGAGCAGCGAUUCGCCGCCAGGGAGUCAUCAAACUACUCCCACCUCCAUUGCCAACUAAUAGGAUGGGCGCCGUGGUGGGCAUAACCCGGGACUUGUAAACAUGAUGUAAAUAACAGCUCACCCCAAUGCCAAAUGGAAGGAAGACACCAACAA